AUGAGCAGCCGUUCGAGUAGAACUAUUUACGUCGGGAACCUUCCUGGCGAUAUCCGCGAGAGAGAAGUUGAAGAUUUGUUCAGUAAGUAUGGACCUGUUGUUCAAAUUGAUUUGAAGAUUCCACCAAGGCCUCCAGGCUAUGCAUUCGUUGAGUUUGAAGAUGCUCGGGACGCUGAAGAUGCAAUUCAUGGCCGUGAUGGUUAUGACUUUGAUGGACAUCGCUUACGGGUGGAACUAGCUCAUGGUGGGAGGCGUUCAUCAAAUGAUGCUCGUAGCAGUUACGGUGGUGGUAGUCGUGGUGGUCGGGAUGGUCGGGAUGGUGGUGACGGUGGCGGUCGUGGGCGUGGACCAUCUAGGAGAUCCGAGUUCCGCGUUGUGGUGUCAGGAUUACCUUCAUCUGCUUCCUGGCAAGACCUCAAGGAUCACAUGCGUAAAGGAGGAGAAGUCUGUUUCUCUCAAGUGUUCCGUGAUGGUAGAGGUACCACUGGAAUCGUAGAUUAUACCAGCUACGAGGACAUGAAGUACGCGGUAAAAAAGCUGGACGACACAGAGUUUCGGAAUGCGUUUUCUCAUGGAUAUGUCCGGGUUAGAGAAUAUGAUUCAAGGAGGGAUUCGAGGAGCCCUAGCCGUGGCAGAUCCUAUUCUAGGAGCCGUAGCCGCAGCCGUAGCCGUAGCCGUGGGAGGAGCCGCAGCCGUAGUCGCAGCCGCAGCAGAAGCAGGAGCAGGAGCCCAAAGGGUAAAUCUUCGCGUAGAUCUCCUGGAAAGUCUACAUCGAGAUCGCCUCGCUCUCUCUCUAAGUCGAGGUCACCAUCUCCUCGAGGAUCUCGUUCAAGGUCAAGAUCUCCUCUGCCUCCUGUUCAGAAGGAAGCAAGCAAGAGCCCUAGCAAGCUGAGUCCAGCCAAGAGCCCUAUCCGUAGCAGGAGCAAGAGCAGAAGCAGAAGUCCAUCUCGGUAA